UAUUUAUAAAUUUUCAAUUAAUAAUUAGCAACAAUUCAGUGAAUGAACAUUUCCAUCGCUCACAAUACUUACGAUCGCCCAAAACGGCACAAAAUGUGUAUAAUAUAAGCGAUGCCGACAUUCUUCUCGAGUACGAGGAUAUGGCGGUACAAUCCAACGCCAUAGAUGUGUCCUACGGUUACCCCGAUUACAAUCCGCCGCAGCAUAUGUUGGACGCCUUGAGAGAAGUGACGGCAAACCACACGUCGUGGCGAUUACACCAAUACUCGCACCCCAGGGGUGAGGCGCGGCUCCGGCGGGCGAUUGCCAAACUCAACGCGCCUCUAAUGAGACGGCACAUCGACGCCGACCGCGAGAUUUUGGUCACAUUAGGCGCCAUUCAAAGCCUGGAUUUCGCCGCCAGAGCUUUUGUCAACGCCGGCGACGAAGUCGUACUUUUUAGCCCCCGAUUCAUGUAUUACGAGCCGAUUAUACGACUCGUGGGCGGAGUUCCCAUUCAUAUACCGCUGAAGACACUGAACGGCCAAAAGCCGCGCCAAUCAAAUGACCUGUCAUUUGAUAGAAAACAAUUGGAGGCGGCGUUUAAUAAUCGGACUAAAAUGAUCUGGCUUAACAACCCCAAUAAUCCAUCGGGCAAAGUGUUCACUGAAGAGGAACUGCUAUUUAUCGGACAGUUGUGUGAGAGAUACGACGUGAUUGUAAUGGCCGACGAAGUGGGCCAAUACUAUCACUUCGAGGGUCAGCCGCACAUCACAUUUGCAAGUCUGCCGGGAAUGUGGAAACGGACGAUAACAGUGAUGAGUGGCGGCAAGACGUUCAGUAGCACCGGAUGGAGAAUCGGUUGGGCCGUCGGUCCCGAAGAGCUACUCUACGGCAUGACUGUGGGAGUGAUGGCGGCGGUGUUGGCGGUGCCGACGCCCAUACAGACAGCCUUUGCCAUGGGUUUGGAGGUGGAGAUGGAGCGGCUCAACACAAACCAGUCCUACUUCUCACGGCUGGUCAGGGAGUCUGUGGCCAAACGCGACCGAUUCAUCAAAAUGUUUGACGAGUUGGGCAUAGAUGUGGUCAAACCAAACGCCGGUUAUUUUAUUGUCGCAGACUUUAUUAAUGUUGUCCAUAAGAUUGAUCUGUCCCUCGAAAAGGACCGCCGAUUUGGCCUUCAAUUGUCCCUUUGGCUCAUUCACCAAAAGAAUUUGGUGACACUUCCGGGAAAACUGUUGUACCAUUUGGACCAAAACUCGGGCUCAGAGUUUGUGUUGAGAAUGUGUUUCCUUAAGACCGACGACACCAUCAAUCAGAUUGAAAGUGUACUUAAGAGUACGUUUGGCACUAAAAGCUGA